AUGGGCACUGGAAGAGAACACCGAACAGAAGGGGACCAAGCUGAAGGCGGAGAGGAGGUGGAGGCCAUGGGGAGCUCUUUGGAUUCGCUGCCCGAAGGUUGCUGGGAAUUUGUCUUGGCUCAUUGCACGGGGCGGGAGGUGGGGGGCCUGCCAGUCAAAGCGGAGACGCUGCGCAUGCUCUCAUUGGUGAACAAACACUUUUUGCACAUUGCAAGGAAGUUCGGAGCGGACGAGCUGUGCCUGCAGCCUGGACUUUCUCAGCUGCCCCAGAACGAACUUUUGCGUGUUCUCCAGCGGUGCAGAGACGUGAAGAGCGUUCGUGUGCCGUUUCGCAACUGGUUGAACCUUUUGACCCCCUCCCUCUUUUGCUGGGGCACGCUUGGGGCGCACCUUUUGCUGGUGACGUCUUUCGAUGGGAGUGGCCUGAACGUCUUGGACGCAAGUGAGCUGCGCAAGGUUGUCAGCGCGUUCCCAAAGCUACAGGACCUCAGGUUUCGCAGCGAGAUAGAGCCCCCACAAGCAGACCUGCUUUCGGUUGUUGCUGAGCACUGCAGUUCCCUGGAGCAUCUCGUGGUAGUGUGCAAGCCCUCUAUGAACGAGAUAGAUGCAGACAUUGAAGAUGCGUACAUCUCCCUUGCCGAGAAUUGCCCGCGCUUGAAGACGUUAGCGCCAUUCCCAAUCCAGCCGGGGUCGCAGCACGUUCACGGGACCCUUAGCCGUCUCACGGCCCUGGAAAAGGUCAAGAUAUAUCUCAGGGCCAUCCCCAUGUUCCAACAGGAUGCUGACUGGCAGCAAGAGUUUCAAGAUCUGGCAGCGUACGGAGGUCAGUUUACAACGGUGGAGAUCACUACCAGCGCUUUUGAGACUCCUCUCGCCGGCAACAGCCAAGCAUUCUCGGCGUUUGGCACCCUCCUCUUUGGGACUCGGGGUCCAGCUGUGGGGCCACACUUGUUCCAGUUGGUAAAAUCGUUCGUAAACGUCAAAGAGUUGGGCCUCACAUGUCAUCGCCUGCCGGCCGCUUUGCUAGAUUCCCUGUGCCUAGCCCUACCCCACUUGAGAAGCCUGUGGGUGCAGUGUGUGGAGGUCCCUCAUGACAACCCCCGGAUAGUACCCCUCCCUUUUUCCCGUGUUGAGGAAUUCGGCACAGUGCUCGUUGACGCACGACCGUGGUCGGUGGAUGAAGAAGAGGGCUCUGAUGGCGAAGACCAAGUCGAAGAUGAUGACGCCUCCGCUUCCUGGAACACCUAUAGGCCGACCCUCGAGUUGUUUAGGUCUGUGUUUCCUAGUUUGAAACGGCUGUCAAUCUACGCGGGGCUAAGCAGCCUUUCCUGGUCUGAAGAGCUCGAGGAGCUGUCCGUGACUGAGUUGGGGGCAGUGUGUUCAGAGCCGCUAAGGAGGGAGUCGAGUCGGUUGCGCAAACUGUCCAUAGAGGGGUGUGAGCAUAUCUACGACAUGGAUAUUGUUCUCCAACUCUUGCAUCAGCCUGGGUUGGAGACACUUCGGCUCGAUUACCCCCGUUGGAGUGUUGGUAGUGCACUCAAAGACGCUCCCACUAUCGUACAAUUGUUAUCGAUGAAGGAGGUUUUCUGCGGGGAUGCCUACGUCUACAAGAGGUUCAGGGGGCAGUCCGGACUCUUCAGCUGUUACCCUAAUCUCCAGAGCUUGGAGAUUGGGGCGGUAGAUGAGGCAGCUACCUUAGAGGCUUUGGCCAACCUGAAGAGCUUGCGCCGGCUGAAACUUUGCUUUCUGGACAAGCAGCUCAAAGACGAAGCCGACGAAGACUUUGUCAGGGCUUUGAGAAAGGUGGUGGAGCUUGCAUUGAAUGGUUCUCUCAGCUCGCUGUAUGUAGAUGUUCGACACGGUGGGAACCCUGAACUCACUAAGACUGCAGUAUUGGAGCUUUUGGGGGACGUUCCUCCGCGCUUACAAGUAAGAAUGUCAGUGCUCUAG